AUGGAGCAACAGGAAGACCAGCAAGAAGUUCUAUCAGCUCGUGUCGCUGCCUUAGAGCAGCGGUAUGCUGCAAGUCUCGCGCAGUCUAACGGCUUAACACUGGAAUUGUCAGGUCUACAGUUGACUGAAUUCCCAACUCUCGAGGAGCUAAGCAGUAAAUUCCCACGUCUUCGGGAACUGAACAUUCGCCGGAACGCGUUGCAUUCGUUACCGGAAGGUUUGGCUCGAGCAUUCCCGCAGCUCGUCUCUCUGAAUGCAUGUGAAAAUGCACUUGAAGAGUUGUCUGCAGCUUCGAUCGGGGCUUUGCGUAGCCUUCAGCGUCUUAACGUUGCGCACAACCGCAUCCGUGAGCUCCCCGUUGCAACGUUUGAAAGACUGGAGGCUCUAGAAGAGCUGGACGCGAGAGGGAAUUUCAUUGAGAAGAUCAAACUUGACAGCGAGGACGAGAAACUGCCGGUCGGAGCUGGACUGUGUAAGCUGCAAGUGCUUCUACUAGCGGACAAUCGACUUCAAACGAUCGACCCAACAACGACCGAUGCUCUGCCCAACCUACGAGUCAUCGAUCUAAGCGGGAAUCCCGACCUAACCGAAGCUCCUGAAAGACUACGACGUUUACAUGAGCGCAAUCUGCUACUGCACUCGCGUACUAAGCGGCGUGAACUGAUCACCCGUGCGUUGAGCAUCCGCAAGGCUGUCGCCCAAGCUCUCGCUACAGCCCCUGCAUCCUCACCGAAAAGAACCAAAUAG